GGAUACGUCUAUGGUGCGGCAUCUGACAGCAGUCUCCUUGGAGUUUCCGCUGCUCUCGCGAUGUUUCGUCCCCUCUCGCCCCCUCCCCCGCUGUCAUUCCCGCAGAUGGCUGCUCUUCGCAGGCUCCUCCGUGCCCUAUGUGCCCAGAGCCAGCAGCCAUGCCCCCCGGCACACAGCAGGCUCAUCUCCGUGCAGAGCCCGGGCAGCUCUUCCUCCUCCGCCCGGACCUCCGUGCUGUUACUGGUGUCGGGCGCAGCCGGGGCAGGGCUGGCACUGGCUGGUUAUGCCAUCUAUCGUGACGGUCGAGUUCAGAACUGGGGAGAGCGACUGUAUCGCGACAUGGACCUGAGAGGAAGCAUUCAGGGUCUGAGAGGAGCCGGCAUCCUGCUGCCUGUCAGUGCUGCCAAGGAGACGAACUCGGCAGACAAAACAGAAUUUGAGGACUUAGACAUGUUUGCUAGCUCCCGUGAACAGAGGUUUCGUGUAUUUGCAUCUUUAGAAUUUGAAGGACAACUGUACAUGACGCCAAGGGAUUUCUUAGACUCUGUCACUACUGAUGAGCCACGGAACUCUAAGAAGUGGAGAUCAUUGUCACGACAAGACUUAAUCCAGCUGCUAAUAGACACUCCUUCAGUAUGGAAGGGCUCAUCCAGAUUUUUCAGGACUCUUGGAGAUAAAGGCAUGAUUUCCUACACAGAGUAUCUCUUCCUCCUCUGCAUAUUAACAAAGCCCCAUGCCGGAUUCAAGAUUGCAUUCAACAUGUUUGACACAGAUGGGAAUCAGAUGGUGGACAGAGAGGAGUUCUUGGUGCUACAAGAAAUAUUCAGAAAGAAAAAUGAGAAGAAAGAACGGAAAGGAGAAGAGGAGAAGUGUGCGCAACUGCGUCUACAACUUUAUGGAUACCUUGCAACAACUAACGGUGUAUAUAAAACAGAUGCACAAGAUCAUGUCUCCAGGAGCUAUUGGGAUACAAUAAGACGUGGCACAAGCCAAGCCCUCUUUUCGGACCUUGCAGAGGGUGCCGAUGAACUUACCAGUUCCAUGAUACAUACUACACUACUUGUGCACUUAUUUGGGAAAAAAGGAAAAAUCGAACUUAAUUUUGAAGACUUUUAUAGGUUUAUGGAUAACCUCCAGACUGAGGUACUUGAAAUUGAGUUCCUCUCCUAUUCUAAAGGCAUGAAUACAAUCAGUGAAGAAGAUUUUGCCCACAUUCUCUUACGAUACACAAAUGUUGAAAACACAUCAAGCUACUUGGAGAAUGUACGACUCCGGAUUCCGGAGGAAAAGGGAAUCUCGUUUGAUGACUUUAGGUCUUUCUUCCAGUUUUUAAACAACUUAGAAGAUUUUGCCAUUGCAAUGCAAAUGUACAACUUUGCCAGUCGAUCUAUUGGACAAGAUGAGUUCAAGCGUGCCGUAUAUGUAGCUACAGGCCUGAAGUUGUCUCCACAUUUAGUGAACACUGUGUUCAAAAUCUUUGAUGUUGACAGAGACGAUCAAUUAAGUUAUAAAGAAUUUAUUGGUAUUAUGAAAGACCGGCUACAUCGAGGGUUUAGGGGCUACAAAACUGUCCAGAAAUACACCACUUUCAAAGCCUGUCUGAAGAAGCACCUCCACAACAGAUAAGAUAAGCCGAAGCAUGGCCUGAAGGACUACUACACGUGUGUGACCUCUGUCACAAGGAAACAUUUCAGAGAGUUAUUCCGGAACUUCCGCAACAGAGAUACAUUUAGAUAAAAUGCCAUUUAGAGUUUGUGGUAGGCAUGACCACGUUCAGACAACGUGGCACCAUGAGAUUGUUUCACUGCAUAGUUAGGAUUUUGCACUGGUUAUUAUUCACUUUUAUUUGUGAAGUUCACAAAAGCAUGUUUUUAUUUGAAUCAAUUUUUUACAUAUUUAUAUUAAGUUAAACACGGAUUCAGGCACAUCUAUAUGUGUCACACCCAUUACAUGCUGCGCUGUAUAGGGAUAAUAAUAACUAUUUAAAUAUUAGACACAAUAUGGGCUUUCAUGUAGAAAAACUAGCGCAGAAAAGAGCAGCUGUCUUAAUAGGUCCCUCAUUUUAUAUUCCAAAUUGUAUUGUUGGAAAGAGCAACCGCUCGACUUUUUGUCUAGUUUUAUGACUCCUGGAUAUUACGUAGUCAAUAGGGCAGGUUGAAAGACAAUGAAAGCUGUGAGCGCCCCCAUGUGUGCACACAGAGUAGUGAACCUGUAGAUAUGGUAAGAUUUAUAGGCAUGUUAACUAGGGUUGCAGUUAGAUAAAUAAGACAUGAGUUAUAAAGUCUUGGUAUGACAAAAAAAAGAGAAAAGCAGAAUGACUCCGCCAUGUCCACCACUAACGUUGCAAAAAUAUGCAUAGACGAUAAAACACAAAGACAUACAAUCCAAGGCAAUAAAACAAAAUACCGCAUAGACACAUAAUGAGGAGAUGUAUCAAAACUUGUGACAAGUGGUCUACGGUCACCAGAUCCCAGUCCUCCUUGUUUAGAGAACCUUCUAAAAGUGGUUUCCAUUUGCACCACUUUUGAUCAUUCUCCCUUAUUGUGGUUUUUCUUGCUCAUCGGUCCACACACUAUAAGGCCUCUUUAAAGCAGAAGUCCACAUGGACACUGAAAUUUGGGCCUGGUCACAUACCUGCAUUUGUUUUCUCGUCUGAGCCUUCAUCUACCUGCCUCAGAGCCUGUCCUCCCCGGUUAUGCAGUAACCGGGCACCAUUUUGCCACUUCCUGUCAUUAUUAUUUACAGUCCUCAUCCCAUCUGAUGACCAUGCACAUUGCUGGGCCAACAACAGUCUCUGAUUGACGAUAUACAAGUCAGUCAGCGCUUGUUUAAAAUGCCUUUCACGCGGCAUGAUGCAAAAUGAAAGGGGGAUCAAUGUUCGUUAUCAUGACCACCCCCCAUCAUAUCCUCUUUUUACACAAGACAAUGACCUGCUGACAAAUGCCGAUUUUAGCGGCUGCAGGAAAGAUGCGAUCACCUGACAAAUGAGUUUUUGCUCAUUUGUUGGGUGAUUGGCAGAACCUUAUUAUCAGGAAAGUAUUGUUCCCGAUAAUUGACCAAAUCUUAGGCCAGUGUAAACAGGUCUUCGGUGUGGCCCAAAAGGUAAAGUAGUUCCAACACGGCAUGAUAUACAAAAUGAAUCAUUAACUAAAGGACUGAAUGCCAGCCCAUGUCAGUGUAGUCACUUUUUUGUGUUAGGCCUCAUGCACACGACAGUUGUUUUUCUCGGCCUCCGUUCCGUUUUUUUUGCGGAUAGGAUGGGGACCCAUUCAUUUCAAUGGGUCAGCAA